AUGUCUCAGGAGCUCACAAAUUGGGUCACCGAGAGCUAUGAUAUGUCAGAUGCAAGAUUCCACAUCAGCCUCAUUGCUGCGUUCAUCCUCACUGCAUGGGCUCCCUUCCAUCAGGUCAAACACAAUGAAGGGGAGGUUCCAGUGGGAUGGGCAAAGGGUGCAAACAUGGUUGAAUAUGCCAACAGCCUUGUAUGGGACUGUGAAUAUGGGAAGACUCAAUCAGGGUGGAAAGCAAAGCCACCACUCUUCCACCUCUGGUUGAUAUACAUUUGCAGUAUUUUGGUGGAGGACAGUCCUUGGUGGCGGAGACACAAACAGAAGGCCCGAACUCAGUCCAUCAAACUGGCCUCCCAUACUGCUGAGCAAGGAAAAAAUGUGGAGAUGAUGACCAUGUUCAACACCAAGCUCCAGGCCUGCAAACCUAAUGCAUUCAAGCCUGGAAGUCGCUAUCAGAUGGACUGGAGGCGCCAUCCGAAGGAGGUAUUGGAGUCUAGGCUUGCAACCAUUUCCAAGCACCUAGCCCAACCUCCACACAUGUGCCCUGUGUUCUGUGCAGUGCGAUAUUUCUUGGGUGAUGAGUGCCAUUCCCUUCACAUUGUGGAGUCUUUCCGAGUACCACCCAUGAAGGAGCGAGUGCCCUCCACUUCUUUGGCGCACAAAGCUUCAGAGGCAUCCCUCCGUGCUGAUUCUGAGUCAUCAGAAGAUGAAGCAGAGAAUCCUGGGCUGAGUGCUCAUCCUAGGAAACAUCGCUGGGUUCUGUAG